AUGGAACUGUCCGACGUGGACAGCAACAAAAAAGGUGGUGUAAAGUCCUUCCAAGAGCUGAAGAGCCAGGUGCUGAGUCUGGCGCCGGAGAGCUUCAGAGACCGGAUCCAAUGGAUGCCCUUCAAGGGCAACACUCGUUCGGUCCACAGAGCGGCAUGCGACAAGAUCAUCGAGGAGGUGAUGAAGGACACCGAGCCGGCUGUGGAAAGCCCAGCAGCAGCUCCAGCUCCGGCUGCUGAAGCGCCAGCGGAAGCGGUGCGCGAAGUGAAGCGCAGACCAAACACCAGGUCCCAAAACGCCUGUCGCGACACGCGGCCGAAGCAGCCUGGGCUGGAGCGCUUCUUCAAGUCCUCGGCCACCGCAUUGGCCAGUCCGACACCGAGGCCUGAAACUGCCCCUUCCGCGCGACGUCGCGCUUGCGAGCAGCGAGCUGAGAGCUACCAGUGUCACUACACCAAGCUGGGCAUCUCCGAUGUGGCCACCCUGGCCCAGAUCAUCAAAGCCUACCGGCAGAUGGCCCUGAAGACCCACCCGGACAAAGGAGGAACGGACAAGGAGUUUCAAGAGGUGAAGGCUGCCUUCGAUAUCCUUUCCUGCGCGGAGAAACGAGCCCGCUACGAUGCCAGUCGUUUUGGCCGCGACUCUCGCCGCGCGGGCGAACACGGCGAGCACGGCGAGGAGAGUGAGGAGCCGCAGCCGCCAUGUGUCGAAGAAGUUGCGAAGUCCAUGUUGGUCGCUUUGCUGAUGAAAAGACUUCCCAAGGAGACCUUGUCGCAUGUGGAUCUCGCGUCACUGCUGAAAAUCCACGAGCUCUUACAGCUGAUGCGUGAGAGGAUGAAGGGGCAGCCGAAAGAAGGCCUGCGGAACGAUUUGUCCGAGAAGAGCGGCACAGGCUUGACUCGUAAGAGAAAUGGAGAGUAUCAGGUGGACGUCUCUUGGCGCUGCUUCCGGGUCCGCGCGGAUCACAUCGUCUCGUUGGAUCAUGCGACGGAACUGCACUGCGCGCUGGUAGGUCUCCGAGAGGGCGCACAGGCACGGAUCAAGAAGGCUCUGGCCAUGCGCGGCAGGUGCUCCGACCGCGACGCGAACGCCGCGAACGAGGAACCGCCGCUGUUGGAGGAGGAACUGCUGCAGAUGAAGGUGCCCUGGAUGCUGCAAUUCGCUAGCGAUCUCAGGUCAAAGUGGCAGAAUGAGCACGAAGAUGUGCACGAGGAUGAGGAUGAGGAGAAUCCGAAGCUUGGGAAGGACGAUCGUUGGAUGACUCCCUACACGCCCAAGCUUUCCACGGCCUACCAGUUCCGACGCCAGCUGCGUCAACGCCUGGGACUGAAGAAGGAGAUGGCCAGCAGGCAGCACGACAAGACGAUCCAGUCUGAGCUGGCGAAAGAGGAGACAAAAGACUUCCUCCGACUACAAGAGGAGCUGUUUGCAUUCGCCUCCAAAGAACUUCAAGAGCGCCCUGCAAAUGGUGGGACUCUGGAACAGGCACUGCAGACGAUGAACCAUCAGGCCAUUGUGAGAAACCAACUGAUUUGCAAGUAUGAGAGGCUUCAGGAUCGUCAUUGUGAGCUGAAGCACAGCCUUUCGGUGUGCGAGGAGGAAAAAACGCUGCUGCAGCUCGCAAACCAAGAGCUUGCAACGAGGUGCAAGAAUUUCAAACGAAGAGAACAGGAGCGACAAAGAAUUGAAAACUCAGAGAAGAGGAAUGCAGCGGAGAAGAAGAAAGAAAAAGGGGCUGCGCCAUCAGGAGCUGCUCGGCACUUUCUGAAGCGCGAUUGA